AUGGCCACCAACGGUGUUAACGGUACUCAUGCGCCUUCGCGCCCACUCGUGCCUGGCAUUUGGGCGCCCAUCCCCACAUUCUUCCAGCCGGAGUCGGAGGAUCUUGACAUCCCGACGCUUCAGAAGCACGUUGUGAAGCUGGCCAAGGCCGGUGUGCUACCUCUCAUAGCGGGAUCUAUGGGGGAGGCGAUCCAUCUGAGCCAUGCGGAGCGCACCGAGGUCAUCAAGGCCACGCGGCAAGCACUCGAUGGUGAAGGCCUCCAGGCGUAUCCAAUCAUUGCGGGAACAGGCGCCGGCUCGACGCGCGAGACAAAGGAGCUCACGAAGGCGGCCGCAGCCGCAGGCGCGGAUUACUCCAUUGUUAUCCCGCCAGGAUACUUCGCCGGUGUCUUGAACGCGAGCCCCAAAGCGCUGCAUGCGUUCUUCAAUGAGGUUGCGGAUGAGAGCCCGAUCCCAGUCAUCGUGUACAGCUUCCCUGGCGCGAGCGGGGGCAUUGACAUGGACUCCGACUUGAUCAGCCAGAUCGCUGAGCACCCCAACAUCUGCGGUGUCAAGCUCACGUGCGGAAACGUUGGCAAGUUGACGCGCAUCGCCGCUACCAUCUCUCAAUCCGAUUUCUACGAGCUGCAUCCGCGCAAGAACAAGGACGCGCCCUUCCUUGUCCUCGGCGGCUUCGUCGACUUCCUCCUUGCGUCAACGUUCGUGAACGCCCACGGCGCAAUCACUGGCUUGGCGAACCUCGCGCCGCACACGAUUGUUAAGUUGCAGGAGCUGUCCGUUGCCGCAUUGAAGGAUCCUUCCGUUCUUCCGGAAGCGAACAGGCUGCAGGGCAUCGUUGCUCGCGGUGACUACACCAUCGCGAAGUACAGCAUCGCAGGCACGAAGUGGUUGAUCGAGAAGGUCUACGGCUACGGCGGCCUGCCGCGCAAGCCUUUGCCACCGAUCGAUGCUGGUGUCGCGGAGGGUGUGUGGGCGCACCCGCACGUCCAGGAGCUCAUCGCGACGGAGCGCAAGCUCAGCGGCAAGACCGCAUAA